UGGCUGCAGCUGCCUAACCAACUGGAACAAACCCAAAUUAGCUACCUAAACGCCAUCAUGACCCACCAGUUUCCAGCCCUCUCAACGGACCAGAAAAUGUCCCUCUCUGACAUAGCACAAAGGAUAGUUGCCCCUGGUAAAGGGAUCCUGGCUGUGGAUGAAUCUGUGGGUACUAUGGGUAACAGGCUACAACGGAUCAAAGUGGAAAACACUGAAGAGAAUUGCUGUGCCUUCCGAGAGAUCCUUUUGUCUUCAGAUUCCUCCAUCAGCCAGCACAUUGGAGGAGUUAUUUUCUUCCGCGAGACUCUCUAUCAGAAGGACAGUACUGGAAAACCUUUCCCAGUCGUCAUCAAGGAUAAGGGCAUAGUGGUUGGAAUCAAGCUGGAUAAAGGCAUGGCCCCAUUGGAAGGGACCAAUGGAAAAACUACCAUUAAAGGUCUGGAUGGCCUAGCCGAAUGUUGUGCCCAGUAUAAGAAAGAUGGAGCUGAUUUUGGCAAGUGGCAUGUUCUGCUGAAAAUCACUGAUACAACUCCAUCACCUCUUGCCAUUCAGGAAAAUGCCAACAUGUUGGCACAUUAUGCCAGUAUCUGCCAACAGCAUGGACUGGUCCCCAUUGUGGAACCUGAGAUCCUACCGGAUGGAGAUCAUGACCUCCAGCACUGCCAGUAUGUGACAGAAAAGGUGUUGGCUGAUGUUUACAAGGCCUUGAAUGAUCAUCACAUCUACUUGGAGGCAACCCUGCUGACGCCCAACAUGGUGACUGCAGGGCAGGCUUGUUCCAAGAAGAAUACCCCUGAAGAGGUGGCGAUGGAGACUGCCACUGCCCUCUCUCGACCUGUUCCUGCUGCUGUUCCUGGAAUAUGCUUCCUUUCUGAUGGCCAAAGUAAAGAAGAGGCUUCUGUUAACCUCAAUGCCAUCAAUCUGUGCCCCCUGAAAAAAACUUGGAAGCUGACUUUCUCAUAUGGAUGGGCCCUGCAGGCAUCAGCUCUAGCUGCGUGGGCUGGAAAACCUGAGAACAAGAAGGCUGCACAGGAGGCCUUCUGCAUGCAGGCAAAGACUAAUGGUUUGGCCUGCAGAGGCCAAUACACAACCUCUGGGAAGAGCAGUGCUGCAGCCAAUCAAUCACUUUUCACUGCAAGUUACUCAUACUAGAUCGAUA